UAGCAGUGGGUUGGCUGGGAACGCUGGGAAGUCGCAACUUCACCUCCAAUUUCUCCCAACAAACUUCGAGGAAAACCCAACCAGCCUGCCAGCCCAAACCAUCCCCCAGGCCAGAAGUCAGCCAUUCGCCCGACACGCCCACCCAUCGCCGGAUUUCAGCCUUGCUGUCGCUUUCCGCCGCCACUCGCCCUUGGAUUUGGCCCUCAAUUCAUGAGCCGUGAGCCGUGAUCCGGGGCUUUUCAACGGACGGAUGUCCGUUGGCUGUCGGUCGUCCUUCGGCCACGCCCACUGUCCGACCUGAUUGAUUGACACGUCGACAUGUCCACCAGUCUGAGUCCGGCCAGCGGAGGCGGACCCGCGCCUCCGGCAACCCUGGCCUCGCCCUCGGGAGCCGGUUUGGGCGGUCACCUCUCCCAGUUGGGCGGGUUGAGCCAGGGGACGAAUACCCGAUCGAGCGCGGCCCACUCUGGGCCCUUGAUGCUGUCGUCGUCCACGGAUAGUGGCGGCUCGCCUCCCCUGUUGACCAGCGUGCCUCCUUUGAAAACGGGCCAUGGUGCGGUCAAGGCCACCAAGAUGCCGUGGUUCCACGGGCACAUCACGCGCGAUGAGGCCGAGAAACUGCUGAAUAGCGUCCAUCCCAGCACGCCCGAUGGUUUGUUCUUGGUUCGCGAAUCCACCAACUUUCCCGGAGAUUUCACGCUGUGCGUGGUGUUCCAGCAGAAAGUGGAACACUAUCGAAUCAUCAUGCAGGACCACAAGUACACCAUUGACGAAGAAGAGUAUUUUGACAACCUGACCAAGCUGAUAGAGCACUACAAAUUAGACGCAGAUGGGUUGUGCACACAAUUGACACAAGCCAAGCUCUCCGAAAGUAACGUGUUUAGUGAUGUGGAUACCCAAGCCUUUCGAGAUGCGGGUUGGGUCAUUCGAAUCGAAGAUAUCGAGGUGUCGGAGAAAAUUGGUAAGGGCGAGUUCAGUGAUGUGAUGCUGGGGAUCUAUCAAGGCCAAAAGGUGGCGAUUAAAGCCAUGAAAGGGAUGCAAACCAAACAAGCUCAGCGGUUCUUAGCCGAAGCCUCGGUCAUGACGGCCUUGCAGCACGAUAAUCUAGUAAAUCUCCUGGGCAUUGUCAUAGAUGAGCCCAACAAAUGCUACAAAAUUGUCACGGAAUAUAUGUCAAAAGGAAGUCUACUGGAGUACCUCCGAUCCCGCGGUCGUCAAUACGUUACGAGGAAAGACCAGAUCAAGUUUGCUUAUGAUACUUGUAAAGGCAUGGAAUACUUGGAGUCCAAAGAGAUUAUACACCGGGAUUUAGCCGCGCGAAAUGUACUUAUAUCGGAAGAGGAUCGAGCUAAGGUGUCGGAUUUUGGAUUGGCCUUGCACGACCAAAACUUCCAGUCUUCCGGAAAGCUCCCUAUCAAAUGGACUGCGCCCGAGGCCUUAAAAUUGAACAAGUUCUCAAGCAAAAGCGAUAUGUGGAGCUUUGGCGUAUUGCUUUGGGAGAUUUAUUCGUUUGGCCGCGUUCCCUAUCCUAGAAUUCCUUUAGCUGAUGUUGUGAAACAUGUCGAGAAAGGUUACCAAAUGGAAGCACCCGAGGGCUGUCCAAAAGCCAUUUACGAAAUCAUGAAGAAGGCCUGGCACUUGGACCACGAGAAGAGGCCCAAGUUUAAGGAAGUUCGCAAGUUACUGGAGAAAAUUCAAAUUGACAUCAACAAUGGAAUCAUCGACAAUGCGGUGGCCUAGCUCGUCAAGUAUAAAGGUAUAUUUUCCUCCGAACCGUCUGAUACAUCCCAUUCAUCAUUGAAAUCAGUUCAUGCACACAAACUCCUCUUGUCGUAAGACCUUUAAAAAUGCAAUCGGAACUGGCUUCCUUCCUUCUUAA